CCCACCUGCCUCCAUCUUGGUGUUCCACCAUCUCCGUUCUCCUUUGCAGAUGUUUGUGCGCCUUUUUGUGGACGAGAACUUGGACCGGAUGGUUCCCAUCUCCAAGCAGCCCAAGGAGAAGAUCCAGGCCAUCAUCGAGUCCUGCAGCCGGCAGUUCCCCGAGUUCCAGGAGCGGGCACGCAAGCGCAUCCGCACCUACCUCAAGUCCUGCCGCCGCAUGAAGAAGAACGGGAUGGAGAUGACCAGGCCCACGCCGCCACACCUGACCUCAGCCAUGGCAGAGAACAUCCUGGCCGCUGCCUGCGAGAGUGAGACGCGGAAAGCAGCCAAGAGGAUGCGGCUGGAGAUCUACCAGACCUCCCAGCCAAUCGCUCUCGACAAACAGCACUCCAGAGACUCCACAGCCAUCACCCACUCCUCCUACUCACUGCCAGCUUCAUCCUACUCCCAAGACCCAGUCUACAUCAAUGGAAGCCUCAACUACAGCUACCGUGGCUACGGGUCCCUGGGGGGCAGCCUGCAGCCACCCGCCUCCCUCCAGACAGGCAACCACAGUAACGGUCCGACGGAUCUCAGCAUGAAAGGUGGGGCCUCGAGCACGGCCCCGUCCAACAGCACCAGCAGGGGAAUGCAGGCCGCGCAGCUCAGCCCCACGGAGAUCAGCGCCGUGCGGCAGCUCAUCGCCGGCUACCGCGAGGCC